AUGGAACUACUCUCAGACGACCUAGAACUCCUUGAGAGGCGUCACCAGCCUCAACCAGGUUAUCAUCCCUCCAUAUCAGGCCUUCCGAUGCCUGCAGCGGUCCUUGUCGACAUGCUAAAUAUGGGAACUCGAGUCUUUGAUCUGCGCUUUGCGCUCGCCUCGACCAAUACCUCCCUGAUCUUCUAUCCAUCUGAGGCAGUGUUCCUAUCUUUCCAACACGAACGUUCGGCUGCCAUGUACGCGUCGAAAAACGCAGCGCCGCAGUCGAAACUCUACCAGCCGUUGAUGCCUCGGGCAGCGCGGGACUAUUUCGUUCAAAGGAAAGAUGAGCUCGGCACACUUGGCGAGUAG